UCUACGUGGUCUCGCCCCUCGACGAUACACCCUUUCGAGUUUUUUACGUGUGCACAUAGCUCCGCCGAUACUCUUACGCAUAUUCGAGCGCGGAAACCGGCAUCAUGGCUACCCCGAGCUUGGGCAGCAGCGUUGUGGAGGAUGGCUCGAGUAAUAAUAAGGAUAGCUCGAGUAACAACCAAGAAAGCUCGAGUAGCAACCAAGAAAACUCGAGUAGCAAUCAGGAAAGCUCAAGUAGCAAUAAGGAAAGCUCAAGUAGCAAUAAGGAAAGCUCGAGUAAUAAGGACAGCCCAAAUAAUAACAAGGCCGGAUUUAUCCCUCUGGUGACAGUGGUGGACUUCCACCACCACAGGGGCCCCGAGGUUGAGAGGUGGUUCGGCGCGGCGGAAGGGCAGGAUCCAGCAGCCGACUAUGACUGGACGUUGCUCCCCUUCAUGGCUUUAAGUGAUGGGGCCCAUGCAUCUACAGAGGAUUUCUCCUAUUUCACCCUUCUACGCCCCGGCACGGACGAUACCCCCGCGACCUCGCUCUUUGGCAUAUCGUGCACACGACAGUUGGAUGCCUCGCAACUACUCGUUCGACCCUCCGAUGUGACGCGUUCAACGGUGCAGAAAGCUGUGGUGGUUAUAGCGGAUAGCCCUCAGACCUUUGGUAUGCUAAGGGAACGACUAUCUGUUGUCACUAGCGCAUGGUUCGCGCAGCGCGAGUUCGGCGACACCGAGAUUCUGCGGCGAUUUCAAGAGAGCCUUGCCGAGGAAAAGGCGCGCGGUCAGAUGAAUGAGGAGACAGACAAGGACCAGUACCUGGGCAUGAGCCUCCGAGAACUCGUGAGAGAGUUCCGUUGGCAGACCCUGGUGCUCCUGAAAUGCUGUCUCUUGCAGCCCAAGAUGCUUUUCUUCGGCUCGCGGUGCGAACGUUUAUGCAUGAUGCAGUUCUCGCUCAUCUCUUUAAUACCCGGUCUUCUGAGGAAUCUCCAGGAUUGCGCCGGGCCUGAGCUGAAUAACUACGAGAAGAAUCUCACCCGGCCGACGAGUUUGAGAACUAGUGAUCGAAACUCAUUGCUGGCAUACAUGGGAUUGCCCUUGCAGAUAUUUGGGAAGGGAGCUUUGUUCGGGCCAUACACGCCCCUUCAGCAAUUGGACGUUCUGGCAGAUUUCGGCACGAAAUCCUAUAUAGUUGGCAGCACAAACUCGUUACUCUUACAGCAAAGGGAUCGUUAUAGCGAUAUUCUAAUCAAUCUAGACGAGAACACGGUUAACAUCACAUCCACCUCGCUUCGCACUGCAUUAGUACUCUCCCAUUCUGAUAGGAGAUGGAUUGACUUCGUCACGCAGGAAGUGAAUGACACGUGGGACGAGUCAAAUCCGGGUCGUCCUAAGACAAUGGGGUAUCGUGGCAGCGAGGAGUUUAUUCGACUUCAGUUUGAAGAGUACAUACAAUCUCUCAUCUCAUCCGUAAAAUAUCACAACUAUCUCGCCAAGAAUGCCCAUAACCCCAAGGCAACACUCCCGCAUAUCGAAGGAGAUCCAUCGACUGAUUUUAGUAAUGAUUUUGUGGAAUACUGGAUGAGAACCGAGAAUUAUCGCAUUUGGGAUUCUAAUACGGAUUCGCAUCUGUUCGACAUCGUUGAGCCCAAACACCCUUGUGCGGGGGGGCUUUCGAUCGAUGACGUCCAACGUCGGAUCCAGCAACAGGUACAGGACCUACAUCUCGACGAAAGAUUCGCAGUGGGGCGGGAGGUGCUGGGAAGGAAUUUAGCAGCGGGACGCGACAAAGCCAGCACUAUUUUCAGCAGGUUAUAUGCUGAUAUGGAAACACUGCGAGAAGCGCAAAGGAAGCGUGCUGAGGAAACGGCAGAGGCGGCAGCGGCAGAGAAGAGCGAAUCUACAGCAUCUGGCGUAGACUCGCCGAAAUCACAACACGCGGGACCCUCGGUGGGAACGAGGGCCGGCGCAUACAUCGGCAGCUGGGCCCAAUGGGCAGGCGAGAAACGGAAGCAAGGAUGGGGUCGCGCGAGCAGCAGUUCCGGCGGAGGUGGCGGCGGGUGGGGAUUUGGUGGUGGUAACCGCAGAUCUUUGAGAUUCGGAAACACGGACUCGAUCAGCGAGAAGAACCUCACACCACUCAGCAGCCCCACACUCUCCUCGCCAGGAUUCUCCAGAGCCGAGAAGAUACAGAUGUCCGAUGUACUACACCGAUCAAGUGAGGGAUACGACAGGAGGCCGCUCACGCAAGAUAGCUUCGGCGAGAGCAUGCUAGACGGUGUAGGGUCGGCGGACGAGAGCGGCUCAUCGAGCCCCUCCAGCCCGCGGAAAUACGUCCAGCUGAAAGCGGGCAGCGAGAGCCCGGAAGCGAGGAAGGAUAAGAUUAGGAAGAAUAGCGAUGCUCUUAUUGAGCAUAUGGAUGAAGAUGAGGACGAGGAUGAAGAUGAGAAGGACGAGAAGAAGGAUAAGGGUGAGGGUGAGGGUGAGAAUAAGAACAAGGAUGAAGACGAGAAUAAGGACAAGAACAAAGACAAGGGCAAGGCUGAGGUCCAACUAGAGGAUAAGCCCAAGGAAAAGAACGAGACUGAGGUCCAGCCGGAGGAAAAGCCAGAAGAAAAGCCCAAGGCAGCGGAGACAACCACAACCGCGUAAGUAGGUACCUACUACGUAGAUAGGUACAUUACCUGUAAUCCAUGGUAUAUA